AUGGCAAAGAGAAAGAACACCGAACAGGAUACAAUAGUAUCCACAAAAAAGCCAACCAAAUCAACGCCAGAAACAAAAAUAUCAAUCUGUAUUCCAUCCACGGUCAUCUCAUCGAAAAAUGCCUAUAACUUGCAACAAAUCACCAAUAUUGCCUAUCUGAUUGCCAAAGCCGCUACGAUAUAUAAUGUUGUCGAGAUUGUGAUUGUUGAUAUUCCUGAGCCACAGCCUAAGAAACACGAGAGUGAGGCUGAUGUGGUAGUGAGUGUGGGUGUGAGUGACAAAGGUGGGAAGAAGUUGAAGUUUAAUUUCGAUGAUGAGGAAUUGGGAAAACCCGAAGAGAAGAAGGUUGUGCCUGUAGAGAAUAAGAAGAAUGAAGAAGAAGAGGAUAGGUCAUUGAUAUUGGCAAGUUUGUUACAAUUCUUUAUUACACCACCAUAUUUAGUCAAGACUAUGUUUUCUCCCAAUUUAAAUUCAAAAUUUAAAAACAUCUUACCAAAAUUCAAAUAUGCAUUUAAAUUACCCAAAAUCACCACAUUACCAUUCAUGAAUAAUAACAAUGUCUACAAAGAUUAUAAAGAAGGGAUAAUAAUUCCUCGUGAAACUCCUAAAAUCAAAAAGAAAAACCAUGUCAAGAAAGUAAAAGCAAAUCAUAAAAUUACCAUCAGUAAAUAUGUCAAUAUUGGAGAAUCAACCGCAUUGGAAUUAAAUAUCAAACGAGAAAUCCCAAUCUAUUCAAGGGUAACGGUCGAUAUCAAAAAUAAAACAAUCAUAUCUCCAUUUCAAGCAUAUGGAAUUGUUGGUCAUAAAGGAGCAUUUGGAUAUCAUGUUAGAUUAGUUAAGCAAUUUAGUAAACUAUUCACUCAAUGUCCAAUUCCUCAGGGAUAUUCUUCAAGUGUGUAUAUCAAUUGUGAUGAUUAUUUCCAAAGUAAUGACAAGAUUGAAGAUUUAAAUAACGUGCCAGUAUAUUCUAAACCAAAGCAAGCUGCCGGAGAAGAAGACGACAGUGAACCGCAGAAUAUAUUGAUGGUUUUGGGGAAUUAUAAGGAUUUACAAGCAUGUUUUGAACUUGAUAAGGCAAAUCUUGAAGGUGUUGAAUCUGUUGGUCAAAUGUUUGACGGGAAGUUGGAUAUACCUAAAGGUGUUAGAAUUGAAGAUGGGGUAUUAAUUGGAUUAACUAAAUUGAUGUUAUAG